UGUGCGAAAACUAAGAUUGAAUGUAAUAGUGAUGGUCUGCGAAGGUUUGACACAAAUGUGGCAAAACUUAUGGGUUUAGGAAAUUCUGGCCGAAAAUUUCCAGAAAAUAACGAUGAAUUGAAAAAGUUUUGUGAUGAAAAUGAAGUCUAUUUGGUGGAUAUCGAUAUCUAUAAAAAUAAAUGUAUGGAUGGUUUAUCAAAACAAGUGACCAGUGUUUUGAUAUAUUCGGGUAAAAACGCUAUCAAACAGUUUUGCCGAAAAUCCAACUCUAAGGUCGCGGAACUCCUAAGGGCUUCCAAAUGUGCUAAUAAAGGAUCGGCAGAGAUAAACAAAUGCUAUACACAAUUGAUUGAUAAAUUAUUAGGCAUUCAAAACACAAAGGAUCACAAGAAAAAAAUACCACAAGUUUGCUGCUCUUAUCAUAAUUUAUUGAAUGAAUGUAUGCCUGAAAGACUAAAACGCAUAGAUGUCUGCUUACCAAAGAUAUUGCAGACAAUCAUUGAUUUUGUCAAUUCAAUUGGUGGUAAUGCUCUCAAUUUGUUUUGCGGUGAAUAUAAUACGGAUGGAUCAGAUAAAUGUCAAUAUUUAGAGGCGCCGCCAAAGAAGCUUAAGUCUCAGCGAAGAACAAAAUCAUUUGCAUUGCCAGCCAUUGAUGUCUUUCAAUCCAUACCUAAAGCCUGA